AAAAUGGACCAUCAGCGGAUUGACAGGGUGGGCUUCCUAUCGCCCUUGGAGGAGUCCAGUGCAGAGAUAAGCAAAGACAGCGGUAUAGUGUCUCAAAGUGCGAGCAGUCUGUCUAUGGUGAGCGAGAUCCUCAGCAGCGGCACGGUGUCGCAGAGUCCGAGCUUUGGCGCAGCAGCCGUCUCUCAGAGCCCCAGCUUUAACGAACCAGUACCUGGCAUCGCUAACCCAGACGACUCGGAUCAAGAGGAUGAUGCGCUUUUGAGAUACACGGCUCUGAGUUACUCCUCCUAUGUGAGAGCGACUGCUGGGGAAGAGGUGCUCUGUUUGGAUAGGAGCUUGGAAGAAAUGCUGACAAGAGUAGAUGAAUUCGUUGGAAUGCUUGAUAUGAUCCGCAAUGAUACCUCUCAGAUAGUGAAUGAGAAUCUACCUCAGAUCCAGAGAAAAUCGGAUGAAAUGAGACACAUCUACCGCAGAAUUGACAAGCUGGAAGCCUUUGUCAAAAUGGUGGGUUCAAACGUGGGUGCCAUGGAGGAGCAGGUCACACAGGCAGAGGGAGAGCUGGGGACUCUGCCCGGGGCCUUCAAGAAGAUCCUCCGCACCAUGAGCGUUCCAGGUUUCCUGAAUAAGCCGGCCAGCCCUAGAAGACCAGCGCAGCGGCAAGAGAUCCCCACCGUGUUCCGGACAGACGACCACUUCACGCCUCAGCCACAGUGAUCCCAUCAGAACCGGUUUUAAUCAUGACCGUAGCAAUGACGUUUUACUGCCGUCCGUCUCCAGAGGACUUUCAUGUGGAGGGGCCACACUAAAGCAAUAGACGCCUUUCCGAACAAAUGACUGGAAAACGAGAGCGUCAACUUCUCCUGGCAUCAGCACUGAACUCUAACAAAAGAAUAUCUAUUGGUUCUGUUUUUGUUUCGAUUUUAGAAGAGAGAAAAAAGUGCCUCAUUAUAAGUAUUGUUUUUGUUUUAUAUUUUGGGCGGAAAGAAAAAUACAUAUUUUUGAUUUCCGUUAAACAAGGAGCACAAUAUUUACCCCGACUUGCAAGGCCAGAACCUUGGAGAAGUCUGUUGUAAAUAUACGUCAUAGAAUAAUCCACCCAGCCCUUUUUAUACAGGACACUACCUGCGUUUAUAUACGUGUAUGCUGUAUUCAGCGUAACUUUGUAAUGUUUCAUCACUGUGCAGCAGUGACAUUGGCCCGGUCCGAUGGAGCUCUCACAAUGUCUUCCAAUCCACGCUAGUCACUUAAUACUGACUGGUAAAGUUGUUAUGAUUUUAAAGGUUCAAUGGCUUGUGUUUUAUUUGCAUGGACAUUCAUUAGAGCACGUUUAGAGAGUAAAAAACUACAAUGGGCUGAGGUUACUGCACUCACACACACUUAAAGAAUGCCACAUUCAGACUGAGAAGAGCAGCAUUAGAGCUCCUUCAAUUUAGUGCAAUUGUAUGAAAUGUAGGGUCGAGAAAAAUAAAUAAACAGUGAUCACGUGAUUUAUUAUACCCAAUUGGUGCUCCAAUAAACCAGAUUAAUUUACAUUGAA